AUGAGGAACUUUCACUGGUUUAAGCAAAUUGGCAACAGUGGCAAGCUCGAGAGGCGACUCUCUUUGGGAGAGUAUAAACGAGCUGUGUCAUGGUCCAAAUACUUGGUCUCGUCCGGUGCGGAGAUAAAAGGGGAAGGAGAAGGGGAAUGGACUGCCGAUAUGUCGCAGCUAUUUAUAGGUAAUAAAUUUGCUUCAGGUAGGCAUAGUAGGAUUUAUAGAGGAAUAUAUAAGCAGAUGGAUGUGGCAAUUAAGCUUAUGAGUCAGCCUGAGGAAGAUGGGGACUUGGCUGCUUUCCUAGAGAAGCAAUUCACUUCGGAGGUUGCAUUGUUGUUUCGAUUGAAGCAUCCGAAUAUCAUCACUUUUGUUGGAGCAUGCAAGAAGCCCCCUGUGUUUUGUAUCAUCACUGAGUAUUUGGCUGGGGGCUCCCUGAGAAAAUACCUCCAUCAGCAGGAGCCAUAUUCACUUCCCCUCAACCUAGUUUUGAAGUUGGCCCUUCACAUUGCACAUGGGAUGCAAUAUCUUCAUUCUCAGGGGAUACUCCACAGGGAUCUCAAAUCCGAAAAUCUACUGCUUGGUGAAGAUAUGUGUGUGAAAGUGGCAGAUUUUGGUAUCUCAUGCUUGGAAUCGCAAUGUGGCAGUGCGAAAGGAUUCACAGGUACCUACCGUUGGAUGGCGCCAGAAAUGAUCAAAGAAAGGCACCACACAAAGAAAGUUGAUGUUUACAGUUUUGGGAUCGUCAUGUGGGAGCUUUUAACUGCAUUGAUACCAUUUGACGACAUGACUCCAGAACAGGCUGCUUUUGCAGUCUGCCAGAAGAAUGCUAGACCGCCAUUGCCCUCCUCGUGUCCUAUGGCCUUUCGUCAUCUCAUUAAACGAUGCUGGUCAAGUAGUCCUGAAAAGCGUCCCCAUUUUGAGGAGAUUGUGACAAUUCUGGAGAGUUAUGUGGCGUCUCUUGAGCAGGAUCCAGAAUUCUUUUCAUCCAAUGAACAUCCUAAUGAUCAUGCUCUUUUGAGAUGCCUACCAAAAUGUAUUGCUGCCUGUAGAUCAACUUCCUUGAGAGCAUAA